AUGUACGUCGACGUCGAGCACAAGGUAUGGGACGAAAUACUGCCUUACGUCACGUUCGCCUAUAACACGGCUGUUCAGGAAACAACGCGAUUCACACCGUUCCACCUUGCACACGGCCAUGACGCAUCGACUAUGCUGGACGCCAUGCUGCCCCACGAACCCAGUGAUGAGGAAAACGACGCUCUGGACUUCACACAGCGAGCAGAAGAAGCCCGCCAGCUGGCCAGACUACGCAUUGGUCAACAGCAACGCAUCGAUGAAAGAAGAUACAAUUUGCGCCGACGAGACGUACGCUUCAGUCCAGGCGACUUGGUAUGGGUUUGGACGCCGAUUCGACGACGAGGCCUUAGCGAGAAUCUACUCAAGCGCAACUUCGGUCCCUAUAAAGUACUCCGACGCAUUGGAGACCUGGAUUACGAAGUGGUACCCGAGGGCAGCGCUCCCUCUCGACGACCCCCUAGAACUGAAAUAGUUCACGUCGUUCAACUCAAGCCGUACUACAGCAGGUAG